AAUAUAUUGGUUCGUCCAAGCGCAUUGUGCUAAGAGCUCCGCUUUUAUAAAAUGAGGGAGGUCCGACGAUCGCUAGCUUUUAGACUAUAAAGUAAUCAACAUUGUGAAUAUACUGAAAAUUCUAUGCUAAAAUAAAAACAAUAAAUAUACAGCAGUACUAAAAAUCUUAGCAAGAUUAUUGAAAAAAAAAACAUAUUUUUAAUUAAUCGAAGAAAUUAAAUAAUAAUAUGUAUAACUUAUUAAAUAAUAAUAUUAAACCAUAUACAAAUCGGUAUGCUAUCACCGUCCUGACCCAGCAACCAACUUUAGCUACUUAUCGGUAAGAUAAGACGCGAGUACCACGUUUAAUUGUUCACAAAUAAGAUAAAACUGUAUGUUUGCUUCGAACGACAGUAUUUUAUUGUAGACCUUAGCUUUAAAUGCACCGAUGAGUUUGUUGUGUAGAGCUGUGUUAUCGCUUCGCUAUAUUAGAGUACCAAUGGCUCGCAACGCAUCAACAGCUUUCCUCAUAGAGGACCCGAAGUACUCGUUUUUAAAGGAUUUAGGUUUAAAAGAAAACAAUGUUGGAGUUUUCAACGGAAAAUGGAAAGCAAACGGCGAGGUAAUUAAGUCCUAUAGUCCGGCAAAUGGCAAAGUGAUAGCAGAAGUGCAAGCGGGCAGCGCAGCCGAUUAUGAGGCGUGCGCCAGUGCGGCACAGGAAGCGUGGCAUGCGUGGGCGGAACUGCCCGCGCCUGCAAGAGGCGAGGUCGUUAGACAAAUCGGAGAUGCUCUAAGGGAAAACCUUCAGCCACUUGGAAAGCUAGUGUCAUUAGAAAUGGGUAAAAUCCUGCCAGAAGCUAUCGGCGAAGUGAUCGAGUAUAUUCACGUGUGUGACUUAGCUUUGGGUCUGUCCCGCACACUCCCCGGUACUGUGUUCCCGUCAGAGCGUCCCGGACACGUCCUGAUCGAAAAAUGGAACCCGCUUGGUGUUGUUGGCAUCAUAACAGCCUUCAACUUUCCUGUGGCUGUUUUUGGAUGGAAUAGCGCUAUCGCUAUGGUUUGUGGUGACGCAACUGUUUGGAAACCAUCAGAAACAACGCCGCUCGUAGCCGUGGCCGUGACUAAAAUUGUAGAAAGUGUGCUGCAGAAGAACAACAUACCUGGUGCCAUCGCAUCACUGUGCGUCGGUGGUAAAGGUAUCGGAGAGAAAUUGGUUAAAGACGAAAGAAUGAAACUUGUUUCCUUCACGGGCAGUACCGCAGUUGGCCAACAAGUCGGAGUGGAAGUUCAGAAACGUUUCGGGCGUCAUUUAUUAGAGCUGGGUGGAAACAACGCUAUCAUUGUUAACGAAGACGCAAACUUGGAGCUAUUUUUAUCCGCUGCACUUUUCGCUUGCGCUGGCACCGCUGGACAGCGUUGUACUACUACUAGAAGACUUCUAAUCCACAAAAAGUUGUAUAGCGAAGUAGUAAACCGGCUGAAGAAAGCGUACGCAGGAGUGGUGAGCAGAAUCGGCGACCCGCUACUAGAAGAGACCCUGAUAGGGCCACUGCACACGCCCGCGGCCGUUGACGCUUACAAGAAGACCGUGGCCGAAGCUGUCAAACUUGGAGGCAAAAUCGAGUUUGGUGGGAAGAUAAUAGAACGUGAAGGUUACUUCGUGGAGCCGACCAUAAUCACAGGUCUGCCACACGACUCUCCCAUUGUGAAGACGGAAUGCUUCGCCCCCAUCGUCUACUGCAUCGAGAUACCAGACCUUGAGACCGGCAUUCAGUACAACAACGAGGUCGAACAAGGCCUCUCCUCCAGUCUAUUCACGGAGAACUUGGGGGACGUUUUCAAGGUUUUUAUUUACAUGAAAAUUUUUAUUAAACUAGGUCAUGUCCUCCAUCGAAACAUGAGGAUGAAGUUUUGA